GAAUGAUACAGGAACGUGUUCUCGAGUUUCUUGUUAAACAGGGUGUGUUACAGCUUGAUAAAAGAUGCCCAAGUCUGCCUUUUUGUUUAAUAUUGCGUUACUGAUCAAGAGGAGCACACUGGAGGAGAAUCACACAGAGGUAUGAAUUCCGCUUUUUAGAAUAAGACAACACCGCAAAAGUGUAGGUUUGCAUUUCAUUAAUACCUUAAUGUUUGAUACCUGCCGUACUGUAUAGUUUAACAUUCUGUAAGCAAAUUCAAUCUCAGACAAGAUACAAAGAUACUACAUUAAGAACGUUAUAUACUUGCUAUGCUAAUAAUACUUGUUUAAGUGGAUGAUUAUGUCCAGGCUUGGUAAAUCCCCCUGUUUUCCUGGGCUUAAAUUCUUUUCAUAGCACAGGAAAAAGCGGUGCCACAUAGAAUAUAGCAUUCAUAUGCUGCAGCAAAAUUAUUCUUUACAUAACGUUGGUGAAUUAAUUACUCUGCAAUUGAAUUAUAUAUAUAUAGUAUAUGUUUGCCUUGGUGCAACCCGCAUAAAAAUAUAUAUAAUCCAAGGAGUAAGGGGUGCAUUCACACAUAUUUUCCAAAUAAUUAUUUUAUUAAUAUAUACAAAAGAUGUCUGUCCCGAUCAACGUUUCAACCUGUUUUGGUUCCUUCUCCCACCCACCCCCCCAUGUAUGCUAUUUGCUAGGAGACAUAAAUGUGUGCAGCCCCCUCUUACAUACAAACAAUUACAUACUUACAGACAAACAGAAAUACACACUCACAGAUAAACACUACCACGUAAAUACAAGCACAGGUCCACACUGCCUUAAAUUGUCUCCCGGAAGAGCUGGUUUUAUCAAUCUGCACAUAUGUUUAAACAGCAACUCGAUAAAUACUUGCAAAAACACAAUAUUCAAGGAUAUAAUUUUUUAACAGUUGGGGUAACAGUUUCUUGAUCCAAGGAGGUAUCUGACUGCCAUUCUGAGGCCGAGAAGGAUUUUUAAACUAGUUUGUUGCUAAAUUUGAAAGUGUUUCAAACUGGGUUCAUGAUGCCUUUUAUCAUUCAACAGCGAAAAAGAUUUAAGAAAGGCUGAACUUGAUGGAUGCAAGUCUCUUUUCAGUCUAUGUGACUAAAUUGAUACAGAUUACAUACUUGUAAACAUAGAAACAUACUACCACGCACACACACACACACACACACACACACAUACAAUAUUUGUACCCAGCUCUGUUUUAGCUGCACCCAAUUUGCCUACAUGCAGAGAUGCAGUGGGACUUGAUAAAGCCCUGAAGCAUAGGGUAAGGUAGGUAAGAAGUCAUCGUGGUUAAAAUCUCAGACAACCAAAAGUAAGCCCUGUGCUCAAACUCCCACUACUCCUGGGCUGUAGCAAUGACUAUAGUACACAUCCGCCUCCAAUACAUACAAUAAAAAACAAAGAAAAAAGUUACUUGCGCACUAUCCUAAAUCCCUAUGUAUCCAAUUUAGAACUGAAUGGAAGCUUGGGGGUACCCGUCUUUCUGGGGGUAACCCAGAUAGCUGGAGAAAUUAUUAAAGAAAGAACUAGAACGGAGUGCCACAAUGAUAAUAAAACUUAACUUUUAUUAGAGAGAUCAAUAAAAAUAAAUAAUUGAUCUAUAAUGCAAAUGUGGUCAAGGUGAAGUUAAAAAAAUGGAGAUUAUACUGGUCUAUAAACAGUUAUGUCGGUAUAUCACUACCAAUAUCCCAGGUAAUAGUACCGCAAUUGUACUCCUAUAUACAUAUGGUAAAGUCUCCUUUAUUUGGAAUAGUGCAAAGUUAUAUCUAUUAAUUGGUUUAUAUAUCGAUCUGUGUUUGUUUGCUCAGGUCUGUGGCUUCUCAGUUGAAAUUAUUGAUAAUGUAAAAUGAUGCUUAAAUUAUUUAAGUGAGUUAUCAAAGAUGGUGAUGUAGCGGAGUAGCAGGGGUUAAUCCAAUAGCUGGCAACAAAGAUUCAGCAUACAAAAUCACAGGAACACAGCAUAAUCCACCUCCCCAAGGACUAGACGACACAUAGUCUGGGAGUCAACUGAUGUCUUUAUUCACAGGUCUGCUUUUAUGCAUUUUUCCCAUGCAAGGGAGGUAACUUUCACAAUUACUACAGUAACCAAUCACACAGUGGUCACCUCCCCUACAUCUCCUCCCCUUAGAUUAACAAUUAACAAGAUUAAUAUGCACACAGUUUUCCCCAAUUUGUGAAAAUAAAUACAGGGGGUACACGGUUGAAUGAUGGGUCCCCUGGUAGCCCUGCUCUGGGUGAGCAACAUACUCAAAAUUCACCCAGAUCGGACCAGGGGUUCGGGAGUUACAGCAGGUGAAAGAUUUGACCGACCGCACGGGCACAGUAGUCGAAAAUAGUUGAUGCAUGAAUUCUGGCCCUGCGGUCGGUCUCUUCUGGGGAAUAAAAAGUCCCGAAAGUCUAUGGCAUCCAGGCUUCAUUUACCGUUCGAAUGAAUCCCCUCGUUCGUGGGAUUCCACAUUCCGAAUGCUGAGGUGUUCGUGUGGUUGAUUCGUGCCUUUUGAGCGUGCUGGAGGUCUUAGCGGUACUUGGUUAGUCGAAUGCCCGGUUUGAGUUCCAGGCGUUCGAUGACCAAGUACCGCUGUUCGUGCGUAAGAUGGCCGCCGCCACGUGUUCGGUAGGCGAAAUGGCGGCCACACACACACUCGCAAUUAACACGCUUUGCAACAUUGUUGCUUUUGGUAAUAGGAGGCACACGACCACACCGGGGUGGUUCCUCGUUCGGUAGUUUCAGAGCAUUCACAUAGAUGAUAGUACAGUCCAUUGGUGAACCGAGUCUCUGCCUGGGCACACAUACGACUAUUAUAAUUCCAGCGUUCAUUCACAAAGAAAAGUUAGUAUCUUAGUGGCAGGAUUUGCCACAGGUGAUAUUAAAAUUUUGCUCUUAUGAAUAAAUGUAUUUAUAUAGCAGAGAUUUCCAUUGGGAUCUAUAAAUCUGUGCUCAUUUGCUCAAGUCUGUGAAUACUUUUUUAACACAUUUAUUCAUUUUGAUCAGAAGAAGCUGGAACAAGUGAUAUAAAUGCAAUGAUCCUACAGAACUGUCUGAUCGAUAUUGUCUUGUUUGCUAAGUCACUCUGGGUAUUUUUGGUGUAUUGACAUUAAACAAAAAAAUAUAUAUUUUGCCUCUAGUAAUACCUUUGUAAAGUUCUUAUUAGUGAUUAAACUGGUUAAUAUAUCUCUCAAUAACCCCCUAUAGUGACUAAAAUAGAAACAGUUCGGUAGCUAGCUGCUUAGAAUCGUUAAGGCUGCUAUAUUCCCCUUCCGGGCUUCUGAUAUUUCUCUGUAAGUUUUUUUAAGUUGCUGUUUCCUAAAUAUUCAUUCUAGGGACAUGGUAGAAAGAGACAUGCUAUCCUGAAAUGACAGUAGUAAUAAUAGUCCCCUCACUACCAUAUCUCUCAAAUUGAAAUACAGAGGAUCCUGAAUACCACGCUUGUAAAUUGCUGAUACACAGAUAAGCGCUUGUUAAAGGGACACUAUAGUCACCCAGACCACUUUAGCUCACUGAAGUGGUCUGGCAGGGCCGCCACCAGAUAUUUUGGGGCCCCUAACUCAGCUCAGGGUCUGGGCCCCCCUCCAAUCCCGCCCACAGGGUCCGCCUCGAAAUCCCGCCCACAGGAAUACACACACAGACACAAAAACACACACACUGAUACAAAAGGACACAUACAGACACAGAUAGAUACUAACAAACACAUAUUGAAACAUACACACAUAUACAGGCACAGGGCCGGACUGAGGAUACAAAGCAGCCCUGGAAAAAAAAAUUAUGCCAGCCCCAUAAGUCAUUGCGCCAUAUAUUGUCACAUAUAAUAUGUAAGGUUAUGUCUUGCCAACCCACAUGAUUGAGUAAUAUAUAAACACAUACAUACAGGUGUGUAUAUACACAUACAUACAUACACACACACACACACACACACACACACACACAACAUAACUAUAUAUUUCCUUUUCUAAUAUAAAAUAUUGGUCCUUUUUAGAGUAAAACAUUUACUUAUACAGUAAGCGAAUUCGCAUGUAGACACAGACAAUCUUACUGACACACACAAGCUCAUUGAUACACAGCCUCAGACCAUGGGCUUGGAACCCCCACAAAUAUUCACAAAUUGCUUUUACUCCAGCAAUUCCAGUCACAAUUGCCACAGCAGUAUCUGUACUGUCUUUACCACUCAGUGCUCUUUACAGCAAUGACCUCACAGUACCUCAUCAAUGCCACUUACUGUAUUGUAUUGUCACAGUACCUCAUCAGUGUCACUUACUGUAUUGCCCUGCCACAAAAUAUCUUACCCCAGCAUUGCCCUUUCACAAAAUAUCUUACCCCAGCACUGCCCUUCCACAAAUUAUCUUACCACAGCACUGCCAUUCCACAAAAUAUCUUGUCCCAUCACUGCCCUGCCACCAAAUAUUUUACCGCAAUACUGCCCUCCUGCAAAUUAUUUUACCCCAAUAUUGCCCUUCUGCAGAUUAUUUUACCCCAGUAUAACCCUCCACAGAGGAUCUUGCUUCAGCACUGCCUUACCACAGUUUAUCAUACUACAGCACUGCCCUGCCAAAUAGUAUCUUACCCCACCACUUUCCUGCCACAUAGUAUUUUACCCCACCACUUUCCUGCCACAUUGUAUUUUACCCCUACGCUUUCCUGCCAUAGAUGAUCUUACAUCAGCAAUGCCCUGCCACAGAUUUUACCCCAUCACUGCCUUGCCACAUAUUAUUUUACCCCAGCACUGCCCUGUCAGAUUAUUUUACCUCAGCACUGCCCUGUCACAUAUUAUUUUACCCCAGCACUGCCCUGUCACAUUACUUUACCCCAGCACUGCCCUGUCACAUAUUAUUUUACCCCAGCACUGCCCUGUCACAUAUUAUAUUAACCCAGUACUGCCCUGUCACAUUAUUUUACCCCAGCACUGCCCUGUCACAUUACUUUACCCCAGCACUGCCCUGUCACAUAUUAUUUUACCCCAGCACUGCCCUGUCAGAUUAUUUUACCCCAGCACUGCCCUGCCACAUAUUAUUUUACCCCAACACUGCCCUGUCAGAUUAUUUUACCCCAGCACUGCCCUGUCACAUAUUAUAUUAACCCAGCACUGCCCUGUCACAUUAUUUUACCCCAGCACUGCCCUGUCACACAUUAUUUUACCCCAGCACUGCCCUGUCACAUUACUUUACCCCAGCACUGCCCUGUCACACAUUAUUUUACCCCAGCACUGCCCUGUCACAUUACUUUACCCCAGCACUGCACUGUCACACAUUAUUUUACCCCAGCACUGCCCUGUCACAUUACUUUACCCCAGCACUGCACUGUCACAUAUUAUUUUACCCCAGCACUGCCCUGUCACAUUAUUUUACCUCAGCACUGCCCUGUCACAUAUUACUUUACCCCAGCACUGCCCUGUCACAUUAUUUUACCCCAACACUGCCCUGUCACAUUACUUUACCCCAGCACUGCCCUGUAACAGAUUAUUUUACCCCAACAGUAGGCUUGAUACCCUGUCACAAAGAGAUCUUAAAUGUUCAGUUGAUCACAAUAAGUAUUUUAAGAGCCCUAUCACAGUGCAAUCUUACCUGUUAAAUGCCCUGUCACACUAACUCCUUACUCCAGCAAACCUUGUCAUGGAGGGAAGGGAAGCCACCUGCCUGCCGCUAUACUGUGCAGUGUAGAGCCGCCGCCGAGCAGCCGCUGGAUAUGGCGUCAUAUGCCUCUCACAUCCGGUGACUGGCACAGAAGCAGCCGCGGCCACAUGGAGGACGAACUCCACAUAUUUUCCUACCUUGUGUCCGCGUGCAGUCACAUCUCAAAGCGGCCCAGGGCCGGCGGCCUACCAGGAAAUUUCCCGGUAUCCCGGUAGGCCAGUCCGGCCCUGCACAGGCAUACAUAGUGACAGACACAUACUAACAUACAUACAGACACACAUGCAUGAGGACAUACACAUACAUACACCGACAUACAUACACACAGACAUAUAUUCAUUCUGGCAUACAUACAUAUAUACAUACAUACAGACAUCCAUUCAUACAGACAUCCAUUCAUUCAGAUAGACAUACAUACACACAUACAUACAUACACAGAUAUAUAUACAUACAUACAUUCAUACAUACUGACAUACAUGCAUACUGACAUUCAUACACACAUACACACGUUUAUAAUGACAUGCAGACAUACAUUCAUAAUGACAUACAUAUAUACAUACAUACAUAAUGACAGGGGUCCUCAAACUUUUUAAACAGGGGGCCAGUUCACGGUCCCUCAGACACUGUUGGGGGCCGGACAAUAAACAAUAUGAACAAAUUCCUAUGCACACUGCACACACACGCAUAAGGACAUAAAUACACACACACACACUGACAUACAUACAUAAACAGACAUAUACAGACAUAUACAUACAUAUUGAAAUACAUACAGAUACAUACAGACAGACAUGCAUACAUACACAUACUGACUUACACACACACACAGACAUACAUACAUACAUACACAAACAUACAUACAUACAUACUAACACACAUACAUACUAACAUACAUACAUACUAACAUACAUACAUACACACACAUACAUACAUUCUAACAUACAUACAUACUAACAUACAUACACAUACAUACACACAAACAUACCUACAUACUAACAUACAUACACACAUACAUACUAACAUACAUACAUACAUACACAUACAUACUAACAUACAUACACACAUACAUACAUACUAACAUACAUACAUACUAACAUACAUACAAACUAACAUACAUAUUAACAUACAUACACACAUACAUACUAACAUACAUACACACUAACAUACAUACUAACAUACAUACACACAUACAUACUAACAUACAUACACACUAACAUACAUACAUACAUACUCAUAUACAUACACACAAAUACAUAUGGACAUACAUACAUACACAUACAUACAUACUAACAUACAUACACAUACAUACACACAGUGGUGUAUCCUGGUUUUGUGCUGCCCUAGGCAGGACAAAACUCAGGUGCCCUCCUCCCCCCGCGCCACCCACACCCAACCCUUUCCCCCCGCCCCACCUUCUAAAUACACACACACACACACACUAACAGACACACACACACACACACACACACAAACACCCACACACACACACACACACACACACACACACACACACACACACAGGACACACACACACACAGUCAGACACAGACACAGUCAGACACACACACACAGUCAGACACACAGACAGUCAGACACACACACACACACACAGUCAGUCAGACACACACAGUCACGGUCGGACACACACACGGUCAGUCAGACACACACACACACACAAACACACAGUCAGACACACACACACACGGUCAGUCCAGACACACACACACACACACAACACACAGUCAGACACACACACACAGUUAGACACAAACACACAGUCAGACACACACACUCCCCUCCCCCAGCCUUACCUUACCUUUGGGAGUGCUGGGGGGAGGGGUUCCUCUUUCUCCCUGGUGGUCCAGUGGCUGCCGGUCGGGCUGAUGGGUUGGCUGAUGGGCGCUGGGCUGCGCUGGCGAGGGAGCUCAGUUCCCUCGCGCACCGCAGAGUGAGGCUGGGAGCCGGAAUAUGACGUCAUCAACCCGGCUCCCAGCCUCACUCUGCGGUGCGCGAGGGAGCUGAGCUCAGAGGAAGAGCUCCCUCGCCAGCCUCCUGCCCGACCAUCAGCCAGCGCCGCCCGCCAGCCCAGUAUGUCAGUUAGCCGCGAGGCCCUGGGCAUUUGGGGGCGGCGUUUUUUGCCGCCCCCUAAAAAAUGCCACCCAAGGCAAAUGCCUUGUUUGCCUCGCGGCUAAUACGUCCCUGCAUACACACACAUACAUACUAACAUACAUACACACACAUACAUACUAACAUACAUACAUAUACAUACUAACAUACAUACACAUACAUACUAACAUACAUACACACACACAAACAUACUAACAUACAUACAUACACACACACACUAACAUACUAACAUACAGCUAAUUUUGCUUACCUUUUUUUUGCAGGUGGAAGGCUGUGGCUGAUGGGAGUCAGCGUGGCUCCCGUGGCCUGGCUUUCUUCCCUCCCGCGUGGCGCGGAGGUGAGGGAGCUGGGACGAAGUGACGGCCACUUCUUCCCAGCAGUACUUUGCGGCUGAGAUUUUUUUAAAGGGGCCCGGUCGCGCUAUUGCACGGCCGCAGCGCUGACCGGGCCCCUGAAGAUAUAGGGCCCAUCGGGUGGCCCUAAGUGCGUGGGCCAUCCGAUAGGCCCCCAACAGCGUGCGGGCCCUGGUGCAACUGCACCGGCGGCAGUUCCGCCGCUACACGUGGGGCCCGUUAUGGUUGUCACCCCCUGAUGGCGGCCCUGGGUCUGGGUGCCCUUCAGAUGUAAACAUAACAGUUUCAGAGAAUUGCAGGGUUAAUCCAACCUCUAGUGGCUGUCUUCCUGACAGCAGCUAGAGGCACUUCUGCGACGCUGGAUGUGAAAUUCGCAUCCAGCAUGCAGAACGUCCAUAGGAAAGCAUUAAGAAAUGCUUUCCUAUGGACUGUUUGAAUGUGUGCGCGGCUCUUGCCACGCAUGCGCAUUCCGCUCCACUCGGGAACCGACGCCGGAGGGGGAGGAGAGGUCACCAGUGCCGGUGCUGGAUUAAUGUAAGUAACUGAAGGGGUUUUAACCCCUUCACCGCCAUGGAAGGGGGGCCCUGAGGGUGGGAGGGUCCUAAGGAUGCUCUAGUGUUUCCUGACACUAUAGUAAUCCUUUAAAUAAAUAUGUCAAGUGGAUACAUAUUGGUUACAUAGAUGUAUCAAAUGUAACUACAAGUUUCCAGAGCUUGGAGUCCUGAUUUAAAUACACCCACUGUUCCUAGUCGAAUGAUAGAUUCUAAGAUAAAGCUAUCCACCAGAAUUACAGAUAGCUCUUAGUAGCAAGUACAUCGAUUUUAAAUAAAUAUCGCACAGAUCAAUAUAGAUAUAAAUUUUUGUCAAGUAGCAAAGUCUCGGGAUCCUGGUUAGAGAAACUAACUAGUUCUGGUCUUAUGAUAAUUGCUAAGAUCUAACUGUCUACCAGGAUCACCGAGAGCCCUUAACUUCACCUUGAGCACAUUUGCAUUAUAUAUAAUGUAUUUAUUUUUCUAAAUCCCUACACACUUAUUAACCCUUAAUGGGGAACACAUAGGGGCUCAUUACUGUAACAUGACUCUGUAAUAGAGAAGCAAAUACAAAAAUACAUAAUUAAGACCUUAACGUGGCAUGUGAAUUUACACUUGAAUAAUAGGGAUUUGGGAUAGUGCCCAAGUAACUUUUUUUUGUUUUUUAUUCUAUGUUUUGGGGCUGAUGUGUACUAUAGUCAUUGCAUACGCGCAAGAUUAGUGGGAGUUUGAGCGCAGUGUCAGUCAGAUAUGCAAGAAUGGGAAUUGGAGAGAGGGCGAUGUCUCUGUCCCCCCCCCCCACCUCCAAAUAUGAAUUGGGAGGAAAAACAGAAAUAAUGGGACCCUCUAACAUACAAAAGAUAUAUAUUUUUUUAAUGUUGGAGCAUUCCUUAACGUUCACAGUACACCCCGAUCGACCCACAUGCUUUAAAAACAAUAAAAAAACUUUGUUUACCCUGUAGUAUGUCACAUUUAUAUGCUGCAGGAUGAAAAUAGUCUAUCAUGGUUAUUCACUAAAACGAGAAUUAAAAAUGAAUUUUAAAUUUAAGACCAAAAUUGUUGAACUGAAGCAUAGCCAAAUAAGAGAAUUUUUCCAGGUCGGCUGUUUUGACCUUAAGUUUUAAAUUCACUUUGUAUUCUCACUUUGGUGAACAACCCUGUAUUUGUAUACGUAUUACUUUAUAAUGCAAAAUAAGAUUUAACCCAUUAUGACUCGCCUACCAUUCCCUAAUCCUCAGGGCUUCCUUUUGUCCACUGCAUCUCUGGGGAGGGAUUGUACACUGAUCAGCCACAAUAUUAAAACCACUGUCAGGUGAAGUGAAUAACAUUGAUUAUAUCGUUACAAGGGCACCUAUAUUAGGCAGCAAGUGAACAGUCAGUUUUUUAAUUUCAUGUGUUGGAAGCAGGAAAAAUGGGCAAGUGAGAAGAUUUGAGUGACUUUGACAAGGGCCAAAUAGUGAUAGCUCGAUGACUGUGUCGGAGCAUCUCAGAAACGGCAAGUCUUGUAGGGUAUUCCCGCUAGGCAGUGGUUAGUACCUAUCGAAAGUGGUGCAAGGAAGGACAACCGGCGAAACAGCGUCAGGGUCAUGAGGAAGAUAUAGCAGCAGGAUGCACUAUGGGAAGAACGCAGGCCGACAGAGGCAGUGUUAUGGUCGGGGAAAGCUUUGCUGGAAAACCUUGGGUCCUGGCAUUCAUGUGGAUGUUACUCUGACAUGUACCACCUAGCUAGAAACUGGUACAGACCACGUACACCCCUUCAUGGCAUGGUGUUCUCUAAUAGCAGUGACCUCUUUCAGCACGCUGAUGCACCCAGCCACACUGCAAAAAUUGUACAGAGAUGGUUUGAGGAACAUGACAGUGUUCACCGUAGUGCCUUGGCUUGGAAAUUCCCCAGAUUUCAAUCUGACUGAGCAUCUGUGGGAUGUGCUGGAACAGCAAAUCUGUUCCAUGGAGGUCCCACAUCGCACCUUGCAGGAUGUAAAGGAUCUGCUGCUAAUGUCUUGGUGCCAGAUACCACAGGACACAUUAAGAGGUGUUGUGAUGUCUUCGGAGCUGUUUUGGCAGCAUGAGUGGGACCUACAUGAUAACAGGCAGCAGGUUUUAAUGUUGUGGCUGAUGGGUGUAUAACACCAUCUCUCUCAUGUCCUUAAACUGCAAUAAAUGUGAUUAGAAAUCAUUCUGUGCAAAUAGGACACAUUAUUCUUGUUCUAAAUUACAGUUUAGUUGCAAAAAUUAUUAAUAAGUCACCUGAAAUUCCUCAGAGCAGCCUCGCCCUGAAAGUAACAAUCUAUCUUUAAAUUCUCAACGUUAAUCGAGAAUGCUGAUGGAAAAUCCAUUCCCACUUUGAAACUGUAGGGUCUUAUUCACAAAACAUAAGUUGGAUAUUUUUUUCAAAGCAACCACCCCUUGAUUUAAUUACAACAAUUCUAAACCUAUUUUUUUUCCAUGUUUUAUUCCAUAGAUUGUUCUACAUCAUAAUCUUUCUGAAAAUCGAAUUCCUAAUAAUCUGAAUAAUGUCCGCAAUGAUGACCCAGUCUUGCCUGCCACUCUCUCAUGAGACACAAAUAUACGGGAAAAUUAAGACCGUUGGGACACUAGCUGUAGGCAAAGAUGUGAAUGUUGUUUUAUCAGUUACAAACCCAACAGAUAUACCAAAGGAUUUGAACAUUAAAAUCAGAGCCUGCUCAAUCAUUUACACCAGGAAGGAAAUACACGAGCUCUUGAAUGAAUGCAAGAAACUUCACGUGAAACCCAAAGAAGGUAAAUUUACAUUAUAAGUUCUAUAAAUUAAAAAUUUUUUAAUUUUAAUUCUCACCAUAGGUAUGUAUUGUAAAUGUGUAAUAUAAGUAUUGCAGAAUGAUAUACAUGCAAUCUCCCACUUAAAGGACCACUCUAGGCACCCAGACCACUUAAGCUUAAUGAAGUGGUCUGGGUGCCAGGUCCCUCUAGGAUUAACCCCUUUUUUUAAUAUGUUUUUUAAUAUUUUUUAUAUGUUUAUGUUAGGGUUAAUCCAGCCUCCAAAUCCUCUAGUGGCUGUCUUAUUGACAGCCGCUAGAGGCGCUUGCGUGAUUCUCACUGUGAAAAUCACAGUGAGAUCACGCCAGCGUCCAUAGGAAAGCAUUGUAAAUGCUUUCCUAUGAGACCGGCUGAAUGCGCGCGCAGCUCUUGCCGCGCGUGCGCAUUCAGCCGAAAGGGAGGAGACGAGGAGGAUCGGAGGCAGAGAGCUCCCUGCCCGGCGCUGGAAAAAGGUAAGAUUUAACCCCUGAGGGGUGGGGGCACCCUCAGGGCACUAUAGUGCCAGGAAAACGAGUAUGUUUUCCUGGCACUAUAGUGGUCCUUUAAGCUUUCUAUUUCCUGCUAAUGGUUCUGUUGCAUUAGGUGCAUCAAAACUACAAUUAAGGCAAGACAGAAUUCCAUGAACCCACAAAUUCUAUGGCAUUCUAAAUUAUUACUAGAGGCGUGAUGUUUGUGCAACAUCAGUUCAAACAGAUUGUAGGAGUUAGACAGGGCCGGACUGGGAAUUAAAAGCAGCCCUGGAAAAAAAAUAUUUACCAGCCCCAUAAUGCAUCGCGCCAGCAUAGUGUGCAGAUACAGAGUUAGAACAGAUAACUUAAAAUUAAAAAGUACUUCAACGUAAAAAGCGCACUAAUAGGCUUCAAAAUAAACAAAAGUGCAGAUUUAUUUUAAGCAGACGUGCCUUUGCAUGUAAUCAAUGUUUCAGUCCAACUACCUUGACAUAUUAAGGAAAGCUUGUUAAUGGGACUGAAAUGGUGAAUGUAUGUAGGGCACAACUGUAAAAAUGUUUUAUUUUGAAGUCCUGUGGGUGUGCUCUUCACUUUAAAUAUGUUAUUAUGCUGGAGUAUGCACCUAGCAUCAAGACUGGGCCAAUAUCUGCUCAUUACAUAUGGUACAUAUUAAUGAAAUUUCUCUGUGUAUUAUGCAUUUAUAAAUGUACAUUAAUAUGUGUAAAUAUAAUAUAUAUAUAAAUAUAACUAAUAUACACAUUAAUAUACAUGUCAUAUACUAGUGGCGGAUCCAGAGCCUGAGCCUGAGAGGGGCACUUGUAGAUUAUUUAAAGAAAUAUUCCAUGCACAAUAACCACUACUUCUCUGUGUAGUGGUUAUGGUGCCAGGAGCGUCGGCACCCCCUCCCAGAGUAAGUAGUCAAACCGUUUAAGAACAGUUUGACAACUUACCUGGAGUCUGCUGGGAUAUGGGGCUGUAGUAGGGUAUAGGAGCAGUGGUGCAAUGUGUGUGAAAGGUUCAGUGUGUGGUGGGCAGUGUGUAAAUGUGUAUGGUGUGUGUGUGUGGGGGCAGUGUGUGAAUGUGUAUGGUGUGUGUGUGUGGGGGGCAGUGUGUGUAUGGGGCUAGAGUUCACUCCUACUACUGGGACCACCAGGAAGUGGUGAGAGUGAACUCUAGCCCGUAGCUCCAGGGCUAGAGUUCACCCUCGUGAGAGCCGGAGCAUUGCCCCAGGUCCUCUCUUUCUCCCCUGCCGACUGGCUGAACGGUGCCGGCCAGCAGGGGAAAGCGUUGCCCCCCCAUCCACCAGUGAUAUAUACUGCCCCUAUGUGUGUCUCUUUAUCUCCAGCCCCUCUGUGUGCCUUUUUGUCUCCCCCAGUCACUCUGUAUGUUUCUUUUUCCCCCUCACUGCUCCUCUGUGUCAAUGUCUCCCCUCUCCUUCCCAGUCUCUCUCUCCCCCCUCUGCCUCUUUCUUCCCCUCCCCUUGUGUGUCUCUCUCUCAUUUCUCCCUCUUUGUCUCUCUCUUCCCCUCUGCCUCUUUCACCCCCUUUCCCUGUGUCUCUUCCUCCCCCUUUCCCUGUGUCUCUCCCUCCUCUCCAUCUCUCUCCCUUCCCCCUUUCCCUGUGUCUCUCCCCAUCUCUCUCCCUCCCCCCUUUCCCUGUGUCUCUCCUCCUCCCAUCUCCCUCUCCCCUUUCCCUGUGCCUCUCUCCAUCUCUCCUCUCCCUCCUUCCCCUGUAUCUCCCCAUCUCCUCUCCCCUUUCCCCUGUGCUCUCCCUCCUCCCCAUCUCCCACCCUCCCCCUUUCCCCCUGUGUUCCUUCCCAUCUCUCCCUCUCCCCCUUUCCCUGUGUCUCCCCUCCUCCUAUCUUCUCCCAAUCUCUCUCCCUGUGUCUCUCUCCCUCCUCCCAUCUUCUCUCUCCCCUUUCCUGUGCUCCUCCCUCUCCUCCCCAUCUCUCCCUCCCCCUUUCCCUGUGCUCCUCCCUCCUCCCCAUCUCUCCCUCCCUUCCCUGUGUCUCUCCCUCCUCCUCCCUCCCUCUCUUUUCCCUGUGUCUUCUCCCUACUUCCUCUCCCUCCUCUUUCCUGUGUUCUCUUCCCUCUCCCCUCUCCUGUGUGUCUCUCCCUCCCUCCCUCUCCCUCUCUUUCCUGUGUUCUCCCUAUCUUCCUUCCCUUUCCUGUGUUCUCCUCUAUCUCUCUCCCUCCACCUCUUUUCCCUGUGUCUCUCUAUCUUCUCUCCUCUUUUCCUGUGUUCUCUUCCUCUCUAUUCCUUCUCUCUCUUUUGGCUUGGGGCUGCCAGCUUCGGCUGGUGUUUGGCUUAAAUACAAAGGAGGGAGGAGGAGGCCUUCUGUACUAUGCCUCGCGUUCUCUCGCACAGACAUGCUCUCUCCAUCAACAGCUGCUGCAGUGACAGAGCAGGGCCACCGGACUGGGAAGCCUACCCGCCCGCGGCUCCUGUGCCAGGAACGCGGGCGGCCCCCAGGUGCCGUGGCCCACCGGGAAAUUUCCCGGUAUCCCGGUGGGCCAGUCCGGCCCUGGAGUUAGAGGAGCACGAUGGACACUGCAACCAAUUUAAUAAAAUGCUAUCCCUCCAUUCAGUGUUAAAUUUACAAGCAGUGUAUGAGGGUUCAUGGCCACCCAAAGCCUGUCCACCAUUGGAGUUAUGGCUAAGACAGAGUUUACACACUUCUUUAGCCAUACCAAUUCAUACCAACAAUGGUGAUCUUGACAGGGUGAAAGCAGUCAGCUAACCCUCUCAGACAAUAACUAGCAUCCGUUGCUGCUCAGACUAAUGCUCCCCUCAUUAGCCUAAGCAGGGAUUGGGCUGCUGGGGACUUUCAUUCAGCAUUAAGUCAUUGUGGCAGCCUAUUCAUGGGAGACCCAUGCGUUGCCGCCAAGGGCUCCCUUUCAUUCGUGAUUAUAGCUGUAUAGCACGCUCACCCAAACACUAGCCAAAACUUAGUGAAGGGUGAAGAAGAAUUGUUUUAUUUGGGUCAAGUGCCUUUAAAAAGAUUCGGUCACCAAAAGGAGGCCAACAGGGAUACAGGGAUACAGUACCUGGUGCCUGGUCUGUACCUAACCAGAUAAUUUUAUUAGCAGCCAGACACCUAGGCACGCCCACUCUGUCAAAAAAGCACUCAGAUCAGGAGGUGUCUAGAGUUAGCUAGAAGUAAAGUUUUGACUGGGGCUAGACUGUCCUCCAGAGUUCUGUGGAACUCUGGAUGAAAAAUCACGGUCACAUGAAAUUAUGUCGGGUUACGUCAGUAAAUGAAGCUCCCUCAAGUCCUGGUAACAUUCGAUACCUCACCACCCUCUCUAUCACCCCUCCAAAUAGCGCUCUGGCAGGUGACUCCCCGACUGAGAUUGCCCUUGAGAAAGUUUAACCCGGAGUUCCAGUGAGUUUGUGUGUUGCUCCCGGUCAGGCGCCUCUUUGACUUUCCUCCUGGUCUGUGAUGAUUCCUGGAAAGGGGUGCUGUGCUGGAAGGCAUGGGCUGGAAGGGUAAAUGUUAGGAUUAUAGUCCUUUUUUAUCAGUCCUGGGUGACUGAAAGCAUUGGUUUAUCCCUAAAAGGAAGGUUGAUGCCAAAGGGACUCCAGAUUAUGAAACCACUUCAAUGAGAUGAAGCGCUUACACUGCCUAUUGUGUUCCUUUAAUAUUGGAUGGACCUAUAAAAUCCAUUAUGCAACUUAAAAUGGGUUUGAUUUUUUUGACUCCACUAAAACCAGAAAUGCAAUGACAAUUCUCUAGGCUCAGACUUUCUUUUCAGGUUAUUUCUCAUUUCUAAAGAGUUGUCUGCUCUCCUGAUCGAAGUCAACUAUUAUAAUUAUAUCCCAGAUUACUGUUUCACUAAGAUUUUUUUUUUUUAUUGUCUCACAGUGGGCAAAUCGUUCAGAUUAUCUCAUAUCAGGGCCCAGAUUUUAACAAUCAGAUUUCAGAGUUCAGAUUUGAGCUGUCUGGCAGUGUUCGGCAUGGCUGCAUUCUGGACCGAAUGUAGGCUUGUUUAGAGCAUGCUCUGCAAAAUCUAGAUAUUGUUUUACAGACAUUUGUUCCAAAUGGCCCCAUACAAAAUGGACUGUUUUUGCCUAUUCAGUACAGGAACAUUCUAAAAAGUCCAGAUAUAUAAAUAUUUUUUUUUAUUUUGACAACUUUUUGUGACAUUGAACUUUCAUCAAAGCUACCGUUGGGGCCUCACAUAUGAUCCAAUUAUGUAAAAUAGUUUUCAUGGCAGUAUAACGAAUGUUUAAACCCAAAUUAAAUCUUGGUUGUUGGAGGUGGUUCAUGGAGAUGGUAGGGUCCAAAGGAUAGAUUAAAGUAAAAAGUUUGUCUGUCUUUAGAGGAUAUUAGAAUAGCUAGCACCUGCAAACGGUACAUGAGUUUUGUAAGGAUUCAGGGCCGGACUGGGGAUACGAAGCAGCCCUCGAAAAAAAUCUAUGCCAGCCCCAUAAGUCAUUGUGCUAUGUAGGGUGUUUAUAUAUAUAUAUAUAUAUAUAUAUAUAUAUAUAUAUAUAUAUAUAUACACACACACAUAUACAAUUGAAAUAGUUGGCUGCACUCUCGGAUUUCCUGAAAAUGUAACUUUUAUUGAAAUAUUUAAGAGAAGAUCAAUGUUUCAGUCCCUCUUGUGGACUUUCGUCAUGAUCCUGAUGCAAGUCCACAAGAGGGACUGAAACGUUGAUCUUCUCUUAAAUAUUUCAAUAAAAGUAAAAUUUUAAGGAAAUCCGAGAGUGCAGCCAACUAUUUCAAUUGCCUAUAUAUAUACUGGAUACUGGAGCCCUGGUGAUGCAACAGUGUGUGUGUAUAUAUAUAUAUAUAUAUAUAUAUAUAUAUAUAUAUAUAUAUAUUUAUUUUUUUAUUGAUACAUUUCUUCUUCUAAUUCAAAAUAUUAGUUCUUUUAGGGUAAUUAAAUUAUACAGUAAAGCAUACUCACACACAGACAGACAAAACUGAUGCACAUAAAUAGGCUCAUUGACAAUGACACACACAGACAAGGUUACUGGCGCACACACAAAUUUAGUACAGACAAACUCUGAUACACACACACAAGCUUACUAUAGACAAGCUCACUGUCACACACACACGCUCACUACAGACAAGCUCACUGAUGCGCACACACUCUCCCUACAGACAAGCCCAUUGACACACACGCUCCCUACAGAAGAGCUCACUAACACACAGAUUCACUACAGACAAGCUCACUGACACACACAUGCUCACUACAGACAAGCUCACUGACACACAUAUGGUCACUACAGACAAGCUCACGAUCACACUCAUGCUUACUACAGACAAGCUCACUGUACACACAUGCUCACCACAGACAGGCUCCGACACACCCAUGCUCCUUACAGACAAGCUCACUAACACACACACACAUAUGAUCCCUACAGACAAGCUCACUGACACACAUACAAGCUCACUCACUAGCAGGCACACACAAACUCACUAGCAGGCACACACACACACACACACACACACACACAGACAGAGACUCCCUCACUAGCAGAUGUGCGCACACACACACAGAGGCAGACAGUCACUGACACCCAGGCAGACAGCCACACACACACACACACAGGCAGACAGUCACUGACACCGAGGCAAACACCCACACAUACAAAGACAGGCAGACAGCCACACACAUACACAGACAGACAGCCACACACUCACACAAACACACACACACAGGCAGACAGUCACGCACACACAGGAAGACAGUCACGCACACACAGGCAGACAGUCACGCACACACACAGGCAGACAGUCACGCACAGACAGUCACACACUCACAGACAGUCACACACUCACGUGGAGGGCAAGUUUUGCACCAGGGUCCUGUAGUUUCUGGUUACGCCUCUGUUUCCAACCUUAUUGAUAUGAAGGAGAAUACAAGAGUAAGGGAAUUAUGAGGUUGGAGAGGAUAGGGUAUUAUGGGAGCCUCCUGUUGCAGAUUUGCCUCAGGCCUCACUAAAUCUAGAGUCACCUCCUUCUAUUUCUUGGCAUACCUAUGGCAAGAGUGAGAAUGUUAUUUAACACCAGCUGUCCUAGUAAUUAUAAAAUGAAACAUGAAGUUAAUGCAAUGGCUUGAGUUAUGACUUUACUACCCUGCAAUUGUAUGAUUUAUUAUGGCAGGAAGUACAGCUUAAUAAAACACAUUAGUCAGUGGAUUGGUCAUGCCGUUUAUGCAUUGACCUAUGGUCACACAAUUGACUAAUUUAAAAAAAAUUAAAAUAUAGACCUAGAGGUUCCAGCCUUCAAGUGUCUGUGCUAAUUCAUCCAGAAGAAGGAAUCUAAAGCUAUGAAACAUAUUAAAGGGACACUGUAGUCACCAGAACAACUACAGCUUAUUGAAUUUAUUCUGGUGAGUAGAAUCAUUACCUUCAGGCUUUUUGCUGUAAACACUGUCUUUUCAGAGAAAAUGCAGUGUUUACAUUACAGCCUAGUGAUAACUGAACUGGCCACUCCUCAUAUGGCAGUUAGAGAUCCUUCCUGGGUCAUGGCUGCCUAAAAUGCAUCCAAACAUUCAGUAUCUCUUCCCUCUGCACGCAGACACUGACCUUUCUUCAUAGAGAUUCAUUGAUUCAAUUCAUCUCUAUGAGGAGAUGCUGAUUGGCCAGGGCGGUGUUUGAAUCAUGCUGGCUCUGCCCCUGAUCUUCCUCCUUAUCAGUCUCAACCAAUCCUAUGGGGAAGUACUGUGAUUGGAUCAGGCUACCACUUCUGAAACAGGGACAAAGCCUGCAGCUUCUGGCUUGAAUACAAGUAAGAUUUUACUAUUUUUAGGGACGCAUAAGGGGCCUAGGGGGGCUAGAUGUUGGUUUUAACUCUACAGGGUCAGGAAUACAUGUUUGUGCUCCUUUAAUGCAAUUUAUUUUUUUAGUUGCAAACUUCUCUCCAGCAUUUCAGACAGGACAGAGCUAUUCACUAAACUGAGAAUUGCUGGGCAAUCACAGCACGUUUAAAAUUUUAGGCCAAAAUAGCCAAACUUGAAAAGUUCUCCAAGUCAUUUAUGUUUCCACUUUGGCUACUUUGACCUUAAAUUUGAAAUUUAUUUUGAAUUCCUGACAGACUAACACAGAGUGAAGUCACCAGAAGAGUCAAGUGCCAGCAAAGAAAAAAUAGGAAGGUGUAGAACAUUGCACCAACAACAAACUGAAUUCUAAACAAAUUGAUACAUUUCCAUUUAAGGACAUUUGCUGCAAAAUCUGGGUUAAAGGACCACCCUAGGCACCCAGACCACUUCAGCAUAAUGAAGUGGUCUGGGUGCCAGGUCCUUCUAGGAUUAACCCUUUUUUUUUUAUAUAAACAUAGCAGUUUCAGAGAAACUGCUAUGUUUAUAAUAGGGUUAAUCCAGCCUCCAAAUCCUCUAGUGGCUAUCUCAUUGAUGCAUUCAGCCGAAAGGGAGGAGAGGAGGAGGAUCGGAGGUGGAGAGCUCCCCGCCCGGCGCUGGAAAAAAGGUAAGUUUUAACCCUUUCCUCUCCCCAGAGCCCGGCGGGAGUUGGACCCUGAGGGUGGGGGGUAUGUUUUCCUGGCACUAUAGUGGUCCUUUAAGCUUCUGAGCCAUGUAAACUCCAGCUUUUUUAAUGCCAUAAACAUACUGAUUUCAACAGAAACACACUGUUUUGUAAUAUAAAACAAAAUCUAUGUGUUUGUUACAAUAAUAUAUAUUUGAAACAAAUGCCGACUGUUUUGAGUCCAUGGUGCAAACUUUUGAAGUGUACAGUGGGAUUUAAGUCUGCUAUUGCGUAUAAGAAAUAUAGCAUUAAAGGAUCAUUAUAGUGUCAGGAAAACGAGUCACUAUAUAAUCCUUGGUGUCCCCCCAAUCUCAGGACCUCACUCCCGCUGGGCUGAAGGGGUUAAAACCCCUUCGGCCACUUACCUUAAUCCAGCGCCAGGCUCCCUCAGCGCUGGUGACCUCUUCUUCCCCUCCAAAGUCAGCUCCCGAGUGGCACCGAAUGCGCAUGUGCGGCCAGAGCGGCGCGCACAUUAAAAAACGCCCAUAGGAAAGCAUUUUUAUUAAUGCUUUCCUAUGGACGUUCAGCAUGCUCAAUGUGACUUUCGCAUUGAGCGUCGAGGAAGCGCCUCUAGCGGCUGUCAGGAAGACUGCUACUAGAGGCUGGAUUAACCCUGCAAUGUAAACAAAGAAGUUUCUCUGAAACUGCUAUGUUUAUAUCUGAAGGGUUAAAACCUGGGGGACCUGGCACCCAGACCACUUCAUUGAGCUGUAGUGGUCUGGGUGAAUAUAGUGGUCCUUUAACAAAUUAGAUUGUUUUUACAUCCUAUCCUUUGUCUGAAUUGCUAAUUCAGUUAGAACAUCUACUAAAUUAGAACUCCUAAAUGUCUGUCUAUCCAUCCAUCUUUCCAUUCACCUAGUAUGACAUUUGAAGAAAGAAAUAAAGAAAAUAAUUCACUAAACUUGGUGCUUGGUGAAGAAUCCCAUAAAAGUCAUGUUUUGCUAAAUAUCGUGGAAGUCAUGCUACAAUGCUUGUUUCUAAUUUGCAGAGAAGGAGAUGCCAGUAACCAUAACAUAUAGCCAGUACGAUGGACUCUUGACUGCAGAUAACAUGAUCGAAGUGACAGCUAUCUGUUCAAGUGAAAAAACCAAUGAGACAGUGCUGAUACAAACCGACAUCGUCUUAAAAAAUCCAACAAUUGAAAUAAAGGUAAUAUUAAAAAUUUAUAGCACAUACAGUUGCAAUCCAAAUUAUUAAAUCCACAUUGAAAAUCUGAUUUAUUGUCAACAUUUACAGACUUUCAGCUGUUUGCAGUGAACAAAUCAAACACAUGCAAUUGAAAUAGCUCAACACAACUGAUGCUUGAAGUGGUUUCCCCAAAAUGCAACUUAUGACUUCUCCAGUUUCAAAAUUAUUCAAUCCUCUGAAUAGAAUCUGUCACAAUGCACAAAUAUGCAAAACAGGUGUUGUCUCAAGCACACAUGAUGCAAAUAAUUAAGGGCUUCAUUAGUUGCACCAGGUGUGCCUGAGAUGCAAUACUUGAAAUAGUUGAACUGACUAGGGGUUUGUUAAGUGUCACAUUUAACUGCAUGUUAGAAAUAUGGCUAAGUCAAAAGAAUGGUCUACAAAGUUAAGAGAUCAUCGCCCUUCACAGACAUGGAACAGCAUACAAAACGAUAGCGAAGGCACCAUAUGUUCCUAGAGUUACCGUUGAGAGUGUAGUUUGCAAGUUCAAAGUUGAAGGAACAGUGGUUACACUACCUGGAUGGGGCAGAAACAGGAAGCUUUCAAUGGCGGCAACCAGAUUUCUAAGAAGGCAGGUUAUAAAAAACUCUCGAGUGACUGAAAAAGACCUGCAGCAAGACUCGGUGGCCACAGGCACUGAUGUUUUAAUGAGUACAGUAAGGUGUGCACUAAACCCAAACGAUUUCCAUGCCAGAACUCCAAGACAUACCACUACUGACUCAAAUGCACAAGAAAAGUCAAGUCCAAUGUGCUUAAAAGUCAUAUAAAUAAGCCACAGAAGUUUGGGGUUCGGUGGAGCAUUAAACAAAACUGAAAGGCCUAAUGGAUAAAGAAGAAUGAAGUAUACUCCUAAAAGAACACUCUGCCUACAGUUAAGCAUGGUGGUGACUCGGUGAUGCUCUGGGGCUGCUUUGCAUCCUCUGGCACUGAAAACCUGCAGCGUGUGGAAGGCGAGACGGAUUCAUUAAAGUAUCAGGAAAUCCUAGGAUAAAACAUCAUGCCAUCUGUGAGGAAGCUGAAGCUUGGGUGUCUUUGGACCUUCCAACAAGACAAUGAUACCAAGCAUAUCUCAAAUUCCAACAAAGCAUGGCUGUAGAAAAUUCUACAGUGGCCAUCACAGUCAUCUGACUUGAACCCCAUUGAAAAUCUCUGGUGGGAUUUGAAGAAGGCGGUUGCAGCACGCAAACCCAAGAAUAUAACUGAAUUGUAGGUCAUUGCUCAUGAGCAAUGGGCUACGAUUUCUCAGAACCAGCUGGUGUCUGACUAUGAAUAUCGUUUGCAGCAGGUCAUAACAGCAAAAUUGUGCUCUACUUAGUACUAACGAUGUUUGCCAUGAAGGGGUUUGAAACUGAAGAAGUCAUUAUAAGUUGCAUUUUUAGCUGAAUUUGGGAAACCACUUGAAGCCCUUGUUGUGUCGAGCUAUCUCAAUUGUUUUUGUUUGAUUUGUUCAUUGCAAACAGCUGAAAGUCUUUAAAUUGUGACAAUAAACCUGAUUUUCCAUGGGGGUUGAAGUAUUUUGAUUACAACUGUAUGUUCAUGAUGGCGCUUUGUGACUUUCUGUAAUGCUGUUUAUUCAUUGUUGUAGCUCGUAGUCGCUUAAUUUUCCUAUUCAUGGUUUUUCAUUAUUGCCCAGGGCAGGAUUUGCCAGUAGGCAGGUAAAGGCGGAUGCCAAUAGACACUUAUCUGCUAGAUGUUCCCACCCAUCCACUCCUUACUUACACUGGUAGUGGUAAAGAAAUCCCAUUUGUGGCUUUCUUGUGGAUUAUUGUGCCAGCAGGUGCCCAAAAUGCAAAUCUAGCCUGCCUUAUGUCUCUUUUCGACUGGGACACAUACCCAGAGGCUCCUUUAGAGUUCUAAACCAAUAAAUCCCCAAACAAGUAUAUAACAGGUGCUUCGCAGUAGAAAAUAAUAAAUAAAUCAAAUUAUUUUAAAAUCAACUCUUAGCUGCUUCCAACACUCUUCUAACACAAUAUACAGUGAUAACAUAAAUAGAAAUAAAAAAUUCGAGUGGAGCGCUUCAGUGCAAAUCACCUUACUAAAGUGAUGUCCUGCUUAGUGUGGAUUAACACUACACCCCAAAAGUGUAUGGUCCCAGCAAAACCUGCUCCACCAAUGUCUGCUGGUGAAGUAUCUCUUAAUACCGAGUUUCCCUGAAAAUAAGACUGGGUUUUAUAUUCAUUUUUUCCCCCCCGGAAAAUGCACGAGGGCAUAUUUUCGGGAAAAAUGUUGGUAGAAAGCAGGUCUAUGUUCAGGGGAAUUCCCCCGAACAUAGACCAAUUCACUAGGGCAUGGAAUCCUGCAAAUCUAUGUUUGGGGAAAAUUCCCCAAACAUAGAUUAGCGAAUGACUAGGAUUUAUAUUCAGGGGUAGGGCUUAUAUUAAAAGUAUCCCCCGAAAAUAAGAUGGGGCUUGUGUCUUAUUUUCGGGCGAAACACAGUAUGUGUAUAUAUAUAUAUAUGUGUUGGCACUAUAUAAAUAUAAUAAUAAUAUACAGGAGGGCCAUUCCUUUUCUACGUUACUUCACACGUCAACUAUGCUAAAGUAUCCCAGAACUUUACUUCUGGAAAUUAAUGUCACCAAUUCCUGGAUUAUAUUGGUUAUUGUUAAAUGAACUUUGUGAGCUGUAGUGGUUAUGGUGCUUGGGAUGUUCCUAUAACCUUUUCUUACAUUAUGAUGUCUGUCGUUCUAUUACUCAUUGUUAUGUGCUUAAAUUUAAAAUAAAAAAAACAGGAUAAAAAAAGAUGAAAUUCUAGCCAAAAUAAAUUCUGUGGACUAUCAGAGGUUUGCUUCCAGAGUGAUAGCCUUUGUAAUAAUAUACAACUGAGGAUAUUGUAUUUUUUUUUUCAUUGUAGGUCUUAGGGAAGGCCUAUGUGAACAAACCAGUCACUGCAGAAAUAGUUUUCACAAACCCACUUGACCUAGAAGUGUCUGAUAUGGUGGUCAAUGCUGAAGGCAGUGGCUUGCUCAAGGAUCCUCUCACAAAAAGGUAAUUUUUCCAAAUGUCACAUUUCUGUAUCUGAAUCAUUUAAAUUGUGUCUGCCUUUUUGACGCAAGAUGCACAGAGAAAGGGGUUCAGGAACCCUAGAAAGCCAAGACACUGUCCAAUAUAAUAAACCAGAAUGCCAGGACACACAAAGGUUUAUUCACUGAAGUGAGAAUUGUUGGGAAAUCGAAAUAAAUUUAAAAUUUUAUGCCAAAUAAAAAAUAUAAAAAAGGGGCGCAUCAAACUUUUUAUUAAAAGUCCAAAUUAUUUGGAUAGUUGCAUGCACUAGACAAUUGAAGAACCUAAAAACCCCACAAAGGUGCUGAGCUCAAAAUAUAUAUAAAAAAAUGCAAAUUUAGUGCAAUUCAAAAUACAAAUAUAAUAUUUUCCAAGUUCCCAUAAGAUCGUUUUCAUUGUAAAACGAAAAAAACAAAACACAGGUACCUAACCUUAAUGCCUUGUAGGCUCAUCCUGUCAUAAUUAAAUAAGAAUACUGCAGUCAUUUUGUUUCUAUGUGGAACUUUGAGACUCUUUGUAUCUGAAUUCAAGAGCCAGAACACUUUAUUGAAAUGUCCACUGUGUAGCCAGCAACUCUCCCAGUUAAUUACUAGCAGCCAUAAGUGCCUAGAGCAGAGCUAGACCCUGAUAAACGCUAGCCGAUAAAUUGACGGAUUGAUCUUGCAGAAUCACAAACAUCUGAGAGCUACCUGAACAGAGAGAAAAAUAUAGAUUUUUGGCAGUCAAAAUAAAGGGGGGCUGGGAGGUAUAGCUCUCUGCUAAAGUACUAGACUGCCCUGCUGUGGUGACAAUGCAGGAUGACGCCAGAUGAUGUCACUGAUGAUGUCACCAGUUUCACAAAGAUUAAACAUAAUGUCAACAAAAAUGCAAAGGAAGGAAGCAAAACAAAGACGCUUUAUAAGAAAACAUAAUUGGGAUUACAUAGUCUAAUAUUACUAUAAAAUCAGAUGAAAAAUAUAAUUAAAAAAGCUACAGGCGUACAACACCCUUUUAUAAGAUCACCUUGGAGGAUGACCAAAUCUGUUUUUUUUCAGAACAAUGGGCUAUUUAUUUAUUCACAAUAAAGAACAGUUCAUCUUUUCCCAUGAUGUGUCAGGAGCCACCCAAUGACAAAUUUAUAUUACAGUACGAAUCAACGUGUCAACGUUUUUUGAUUAUGACAGUGUAAAUAAUUGUCAACCAGUGUCUGCUUUUCUUGGCUGAGAAACACAAUAAAAAAACACAAACCCUAAGUGAUACAUUACAAACUUUCCCUCGGUUUUUCCCAUAUGAUAUGAUGCAGUUUCAGGAUUUCCUGACCUCUUUCAUGUCUCCAAUAUGAAAUCAUGUUCCAUCAAAUCGCCACACAGGUCUUAUUCCAUAAUUAGUUUAAAGGAAAUUGUUAGCAGGGGAUAACUCCAUUUGUUAACACUAAAUCUAGUAUGGCCUCCUUACGAGUUGACUCCUCAAUGACUUGUUUUAGAGACAAUCCCAGUAGGGAGUUUAGAAUAUGUGUGCUCCUGGCACAAGUAGCUAAUUUUGUUUUCCAAUUUACAUCUAGAAGAUUAAAGUCACCCAUGAUAAUAACUUCCUCCUCCAUUGUCAUUUUAGCUAUUUCCUCAACUAGUAGAUUAUCUAACUCUUCUAUUUGUUCAGGGGGCCUGUAAAUCACACCUACAUGAGUUACUGUGUGAUUACCAAAUUCUAACGUAACCCAAACGGACUCUAUAUUCACCUUUCUACCGUUUAGUAGGUUAGAUUUAAUGCCACCCCUCCCCAUUUCUUGCCUUCCCUGUCUUUUCUAUAUAAAGAGUACCUUGGUAUUGCUAAGUCCCAGUCAUUUUUACAUUAUACCAUGUCUCAGUAACAACCACUAAAUCUACAUUCUCAGUUGCCAUUAUUGCCACAAGUUCAUGGAUCUUAUUCUCGGAACUGCAAGCAUUUGUAGACAUGACUCUAAGCUUCUAAUUUUUUAACACACUCACUACAGUUAUUUUCUGUCCUCGUUUUGGGGAGAAAUUGGAUUGUUUUAUCACCCUUUUGCCCCCCCUCCUAGUUUAAAUACUCCCUAGCAAAACCUCUGAACUGCUCUCUGAGAACAUUUGCUCCCUUUUGAGAAAAAUGGAGACCAUCUUUUUUGUAUGGUUUAUUUAUUUUCCAAAUUUAUUUAUUCAUAAAAUAUAUUACCAGGAAAGAUACAUUGAGAUUUCUCUUGUUUUCAAGUAUGUCCUGGGUCCACAAAUCAUUGCAUUGUUACAUUAGGUACAACAAAAUACAAAAACAAUAUUAAUACACAAUAUAUACAAAAUUUAACAUAGAACAGGCAGGAAAUAUAUAAUCAACCAUGACACGUGCAUUCUGUUUUGAGGUAUGUAGAGAGGGAUCUCUUAAAUGACUUUAGGCUUAGGGAAGAUUUUAAAUUGUGCGGGAGGUCGUUCCACAAUUGCGGUGCUCUGUAGGAGAAGGAGGAUCGGGCCGCUUUCUUUUUGUAUUGAGGUAGACUAAGUAAAGUGCUUGUACUGGAUCGGAGCUUAUAGAAAGUGGGAACAGCUGGGGAAAGCAUUUUGUUCAGGUAGGGUGGGAGUUUCCCAGAAAAGCUCUUAAAAACAAGGCUGGAAAGAUGAAGGGUGCGUCUGGAUUCCAGCGACAGCCAGUUUAGUUCCUUUAGCAUGUCACAAUGAUGGGUCCUGUAAUUACAUUGUAGCACAAAUCGGCAGAACGAGUUAUACAAUGUGUUGAGUUUAUUAAUGUGGGAUUGCGAUGCAGACGCAUAUACUACAUCCCCAUAAUCAAUGAUUGGCAUCAGCAUUUGCUGUACAAUCUUUUCCUUUACUGUAGGGCUUAGGCAGGCUUUGUUUCUGUACAGGGCACCUAAUUUUGGAUAAAGUUUAGAUGCAAGCUUUUCUAUGUGCAGGCCAAAAGAUAGAUUGGGGUCUAAUAUCAUACCCAAGUAUUUGAAAGAGUGGACUGCGGUCAGUGUGCCAUUUGAAUUUGUUUUGAUGGAUAGGUGGGGAUUGUGUAAUUUCUGUAAUUUAGGUACUGUUCCAAAGAUCAUUGUGACAGUUUUGUCAGUGUUCAGGAAGAGUUUGUUUUUUGCGAUCCACUUUUCUACCUCUGUAAACUAUUCUUGGAGCAAAGCCUCAAGUUGCGGUAGAUUGGAUUUGCUCACAUAGAUUACCGUGUCAUCUGCGUACAUGUGUACAUUUGAGGAUUGGCAGACAUUAGGCAGAUCAUUUAUAAAUAAUUUAAAUAGUAGGGGGCCGAGAAUGGAACCCUGGGGAACACCACAUGUGACUGGGAGAGGGAGGGAGUCACUGUCAGAAAUGGACACAUAUUGCGAGCGAUCCGAUACAUACGAUCGAAACCAGUUUAAAGAAUGAUCACCAAUACCUGAGUUUUCGAGUUUGUGCAGUAGAAUGUUGUGGUCUACUGUGUCAAAGGCCUUAGCAAAAUCAAGGAAAAUAGCUCCAGUUAGGGCUCCUUGUUCCAUGCCAGUUUGGAUGUCAUUGCAAACUUUUAGGAGGGCAGUUGUAGUGGAGUGAUUCUGGCGAAAACCCGAUUGAUCAGGGGUCAGAUAGUUUAACUGUUGGUAGUACUCACAAAGUUGCGUAUGGACACAUUUUUCUAAGAUUUUUGACUAUACCGGGAGCAAUGAUAUUGGGCGAUAGUUAGAAACCAAAGUAGUGUCACAACUUUUAUGGAUAGGCACUACUUUUGCAGUCUUCCAAAGUUUGGGUAUGUAUCCAGACACCAAGGAUUCGUUAAUUAGAGUUGAGACGGGUUUAGCAAUUGCCGGCGCACUGAGCUUCAACAGCAUUGCUGGGAUUUGAUCAGGUCCGGACUGGUUUUUCAUUUUUAGAUUAUUAAGAUGUUUUUUAAUGACACUAACAGGUACAGGUCUAAAAUUAAACUUAUCUAUAUUGGGCCUUUGCAAAUUUAGUGGGGCCUGAUCCACAUUUGUAGUUUCAGGAUGUGUGUCAUUUAUUAGCUUGGCAAUCAGGGCAGUAGAGCAUCCGACAAAAUAAUUGUUAAAGGCAUUUGCUACAUCUAAGGGGAGUUGCAGGGUUUGGUUACCCACUUUGACAGUGGAGGGUUGGGAGUGGAUUGGGGGAGUUUGUAGUUUAUUUAUGACUUUCCAAAAGUUUCUAGGGUUUGAGAUGUUACUGUUCAGAUUUUCAUAGAAAUAUUGGGCCUUGGCCAGUUUUGUCUGUUUUGUGCAUAUAUUUCGCCAUUGUCUAUAUGCACCGUGAUCAUUCAUAGAGCCAGUACGCUUAAACAUAAAGCUACCAUGAGAAACAAAGCCAAAUCCUUGCUCCCUACACCAUUCAGCAAGUCACUAGUUAAAGUCCCUUACACUCAUCCGUCUAUUAUUCUGAAUGUUAUGCACAGACAGAACUUCAGAGAAUGAGAGUGUGGACACAACCUGCCGUAUAUCAUUGGCAAAAACACAAAACACUUCCUUUACCUCUGAAACCUCAUUGAAAGUCAAAUCAUUUGUCCCUAGAUGGACAAGUACAUUUAAUUCCCCUCCCUGCUUUGCUUGCUUAACAAUAUUACAAAUAUGUUUCCUGUCUGUGAGCUCCAGGAAGACAUCUCACAAAGCCACUAUUGUCCAAAUCCGCACCUCUUACGAUAGAAUUCCCCAACAACAACUGCUUUCUAUCAGACCUGACCUUGUCCUUUUUGUCAUUGGCUGCCAUCUUGCACACCUUAGAUAUAGAGGAUGCUGGUUCCACAAACGUUGUGCCUGAGCCUAUCUCCAUACUAUCAAUACAAUCUGAAAGUGCGGAAAAUGAAUUAUGUUAACACACAGACUGUGCAGUAUGUCUUUAUCCACAUCUCUAAGUCUACUAGAUCCUACAGUAAGCCAUCUGCUAUCCCUAGGACAUCUCUGCGGCAGUGGAUUUGAAACAGUUCCAGCCUGAGUUUGUUUAACAGAUAAUUUGCAAAUCUCAGACUUCAAAAAUACAAUCUCCUGUUGCAAUACAAAGAACUGCCUACAGAUUAAACCGCAUUGAAACCUCCAAAAAGCAGGGCAUGAAACAAAUGCAAAACAACUAAGUCUGCCAUUUUAAUUAGAUGAGGAAUUAAUAUCAAACACAUCUUACUUUUUGUUUCUUUUUUCUACCUUCUGUGUACCUCAGAUUACCCCCAGGGUAUCUCCAGAAACUCCAAGUACACUUUGUGGCACCACUUAGAAGCAGCAACCAAGCUAAAAGGUUAAAGGAACUUAACAUGUAUAGCUUGGAGGAAAGACGAGACAGGUGGACAUGAUAGAAACAUUUAAAUAUAUAAAGGGAAUCAACACAGUAAAGGAGGGGACUAUAUUUAAAAGAAGAAAAACUACCACAACAAGAGGACAUAGUCUUAAAUUAGAGGGGCAAAGGUUUGACAAUAAUAUCAGGAAGUAUUACUUUAAGAGAGGGUAGUGGAUGUAUGGAAUAGCCUUCCAGCUGAAGUUGUAGAGAUUACGCAUGCAUGGGAUAGGCAUAAGCCUAUCCUAGCUUUAGAAAAUUGGGCAUUUAGAUUUAGAAAAUUGUGCAGACUAUAUGGGCUGAUUGGUUCUUAUCUGCCGUCACAUUCUAUGUUUCUAUGUAACUGUGUAGAAUGGUCUUGAACCUUUUUUUUUUUAGUCCCGAGUUAUUAAAUAAAGUUUAAUUUAUAUAGUUUUUUUUUUUGUUUUUUUUAUACGGAGGGGCCUACUUUGGUCUUUUGUGCCUAGGCAUAUUAGACUAUAAUGAUUAACUUUUGUAUAUCCACUUAGGACUAGGAUCAUUUACAGCAAAAUGCAUUCUUAAGUUAAACACAAAUAUCGUUAUUGCAUCAAAAAUAGUGAUAUAAUAUUUUUGUCCCAGAAAUCCCAAUGUAUCCCAACAGCUAAACGGACAGAUUUCCGUGAAUCUGGUAAAUACCACAAAUCAUAAAACAAUUAUAAGUGAAUAAUCUUAAAACUCAAAGGAAUAAAUGGAAUCCACAGUACUUUUUCAAGACAAUACAUCUAAACUAAAGCCAUAUUCAUAUCCACGGUGCCAGAGGGUGCUACAGCUACAUAGUGUAAAUAAUAAAAUUUACCAUACUUCGGUUGUCUUACAAGUGUCUUAGAAGGAUUUACAUUAUUUUACAUUAUUUUUUUGUCAUUAUGAUUUAUACCUGUGGCUUCAUGUCUCCACAAAGUUUUUUUGACAUCUCUGUACAUCUCCCUUUUAAUGUAGAUUUUCCUACUAUGAUCACUAGGCGGCAGUAGUAUCUUAAUAAUCUGCAGGACUCUUCAGAGACCUAAAAUAUUUCAGAAUUCCUGGAUGUACCCAUUAAGAUCUUGACUUUAAAACUACUGGUCAAUAGUUUACCAGCACCUUUCAUGGCAAUGCUGCACAAAGCAGGAAAAUGUUAUAAUAAACUAAAAUUACAAGUGCAUACAUUUAAAAUAGGGUAUACUAUUGUAGAGUGAAACAAAGUAUAGUGUGCAAGCAUUAUGAAAUUUCCGCAAUUAUUUCCUGAACAUUAUUUGGCACUUUUGAUUAAGUUAAUUCUACUCUUUAGAAGUUUAUAUCCCAUACAUGGCCUAUGCAGUCAUGGUGGAAAUGCACCCAUUACAUGAUGUGCUUUGAACUUGUUUCACUUACUGUAUGGGUCCAUUCACUAUACUCUAUUGUAUGGCUUUUCCAAUUUAUUUUUAUUUGACUUUUUUAAACUUUAUUUUUUUUUUAUAUUAUAGUAAUAAAAAUAAUCUUUAAAACUAAAUGUAUUCUAGUAUAAUACUUUGCUACAACUAGUAUUCAUAUUUUUUUGUAUUGCUUAUAGUAACUGUUAUUUUUUUGUUUCUUUGUAAUAUAUUUUAAUAUAUAUUUAUUAUUCACAAUUUUUUAAUUUUUUUACAUUUUUAUUUUUAUUUUUAGGGCUUCUGCUGUGAAAGCUAAGGACACCAUAACAAUUCCCAUAGCGAUAACACCGUACAAGACUGGGAAGAAACAUCUACUUGUUGACCUGAACUCUGACAAGUUCAAAAAUAUGAAAGGUUAUGUUGAAAUAGAUGUUCAGGAAGCGGAGUAGUUCAAUUGCAAAAUCAAAAUGAAAAAAAUAAAGUAAAAAUCUGUUACAUUUCUACUUCAUUGCAACAGGUUGCAAUACAAUAGUAGAAUACAUACCUGUCAUGUUCUUGAAAUUUUGAGAAACUUUAUUAAUUCUUGAUGCGUAUUAAUGAACAUACGAACAGGUGCUUUGAACAUUUAAUUUUAAGAGUUCUGUUAUGCAAACAGCAUUACUAUUUCAUAUAGACUUUAUAUAUAUAUUUUUUUCUAAUAUUCCUUCCUUGGCAUCUGGAUGCCAAUUUGUGACAUAAUAUACUUUGUACAUGUAACAUAUCCACCUUCUGUUAUGCAUGGUCACUUGCAUUUUUGGAUAAAGAACAAAAAGAAAUUAAACAAUAACAUUUA